CAUUGAGCUGGCUGGCUGAGUAGUAGUGAGGGAGAUAGAUAGAGGCGCGCGGUAGUAAAGUACACACUGCCAUGAACUUCUGAGUGAAACUUCGCUGUUUUUGUCGCUGUUGGGUUGGAGGGACACUACUACAUAAUUUUCCACUCUUGUUUUUUUCACCACAGAUCCAAAAGCAUUCGACGGACAUUUGGAGAAAUUGUUGAAUACUUUUUUCGAGAGUCAUGUCGUCUGCGGCGGUCGCUGCCUCGAGAAGGCAGUCGUGUUAUUUGUGUGACUUGCCCCGCAUGCCGUGGGCUAUGAUCUGGGAUUUUACAGAACCAGUAUGCAGGGGAUGUGUUAACUAUGAGGGAGCUGACCGAAUCGAAUUUGUUAUUGAGACUGCCCGACAGCUAAAGAGGGCUCAUGGCUUCCAGGAGGGUAGAUCUCCUGGACCUGGGAAAUCUCAGUUAUCGGGAAAGGAAAUUCAGCCCAUCAACCAUUCGGCUGGAGACCCUGGAUCGCGUCCACCACAGCCGCUGGAUCGCUAUCCUCUCGCUUCGGACAGACCGCCUAGGCUGGGUCCCGAAUAUCAACCAGGCAGGCAAGCGAACGGCAUCCCGGUUCCAAACGGAUUUCCAAAAUCCGACGAUCCACCAGAGCUUAACCGUCAGAGCCCCAACCCGCGCAGGACUAGCACGGUUCCCCCAAAUUUGGUGCCUUUGAAUGGUGGAUUGACUGCCGUACACGCACUCAAUGGCCGACCCGCUCAAAUGGGGAUCCCGGGCUCAUUGACGGCGCCCAAUCCUAACGACCAUGGUGGAAAGCGGUCAGAGGAUAUGAAAGACAAGCACCGACCGGAUAGCAUAACCGACAUUAGCGAAACUCACAAACGCGCGGAUGAGUGGAUGAACAAGAGUAAAACAGUGCGAGACCUCAUGGCUCUGCAGUCCACGUUCGACAGCCGAUACAAAAAAGAGCAUGCGGCAAUGCAGCAGAGAAUGGGAUACGAGUCAGGUUCCACUUCCUCUAAACCAGACCGAGGUAAGCACCAACGGAGCAUGAAGAGGAAAGCCUCCCCUGAGCCAGAAGGGGAGGGCACAGCUGCCAAGCUGAAUGGCGAGGGCCAGCCAUGGCUGCAAUCAAAUUCCGAGAUCCUGAAGAUGCCUCCAUCGGCCCUUUCAGGCUUUGCUUCCGCGCCCCCGUCCACCAUCUCCCCUCAUUCUCGUACCACCCCUCCGGAGGCCGCCGCCGCCGCCGCCGUGCAGAACGGCCAGUCGCCCAUGGCAGCCCUCAUACUGGCCGCCGACAACGCAGGUGCUGGCACCGGCUCACCCAAGGACGCCAACCAGGUGCACUCCACCACCACGCCAGCUUCGGUGCGGCGUAACAGCGGAAGCCCCCUCUCUCCCUCCUCAGCCGGCCAGAGAAGGCUAACCCAACGGGACGUGUUAGGCGGAGGGGUCGCCACCACCACGGCGACGGCCCACGUGCCGGGCAUGGACCCCCAAGCUACACACCCCCAGAGCAUUCCGGACUCUUCCGUUCCCCCAGGCAGCGUACCGCUCUGCUGCACUCUCUGUCACGAGAGACUAGAAGACACACAUUUUGUCCAGUGCCCCUCCGUACCCUCACACAAGUUUUGUUUCCCAUGCUCCCGUGAAAGCAUCAAACAGCAGGGGGCUACUGGAGAGGUGUACUGCCCCAGCGGGGAAAAAUGUCCCUUAGUGGGAUCCAAUGUACCCUGGGCAUUCAUGCAGGGGGAAAUAGCCACCAUUUUGGCUGGGGAUGUGAAAGUAAAAAAGGAGAGGGACCCUUGAUUUUCACCAUCCCUUUUCUGUUGUAUUUUUUUCUUGUUGUAUCUCUCUUUUUUUUACAAACAAACCAAGCAACCAACAGAUGAAAUCUAUACAUAUUCAAAUAACAAAUGAACACAAAUCACGUUGCAUACCAUCCAUUCAGAAACAUAUGGACAUGUACAUAUGGACACAAGGGAAGUGUACGCUUCGUAAAACAUGGCUGUAAAAUUUUUUGAUUUCUUUUUUUGAAUACAUUGUGUUUCUAUAUUUUUUUGAAGAUGACAGGUAUGUACAAAAUAACAGACUACUCCCCCACCCCCACCCCCCCCCCCCCUCCUUUUUUUUCAGUUGUUGUUGAAAGCCAACUGUCAAUGUACUUUUAGGUCUGGUGGCAGUCCAUGUUUAAACAUAGAAUGUGACUAAUACUUCUCUUUGAGCACUUGGCAAAAAACUGCAAUGCUUCUAGCUGUACUUGUAUGCACUUGUUUAAAAUUGCCAAAUACAAUUUCUGACCUUGUAAU